UUAGAAUUAAAUCCUUGUGACAGUCAUCCUUGUCAUAAUGGUGGAACUUGUUGUCCUACAACUAGAGGGAAGUUUAGAUGUGACUGUCCUAGAGGUUUCAAGGGUAAAACAUGUGAUAUAGUAAUAAAUCCUUGUGACAGACAUCCUUGUCAUAAUGGUGGAAUUUGUUAUCCAACAACUAGAGGGAGGUUUAGAUGUGACUGUCCUAGAGGUUUCAAGGGUAAAACAUGUGAUAUAGGUUUGUAA